CGCCCUAUAAGUCCCCCCCCACCCCAUAACUCAAUCCACCCCAUUCCCACCCCACAACUUGUAGGGCGAGGAGCUGGACAUGGCGGCGCUGAGAGGAGCUGCGGCCCCAUUGAUCAUCAUUGGGGUCCUGGGGGGCGUCGGGGCCGUCCUGAAACCACAUAUACUCCUCCAGGCCGAGUUCUACCAGCGCUGGGAAGGCCCGGAUUCAUCCUCAGCUCAAUUCGGGUUCCAUUUCGAUGGGGACGAGCUGUUCCACGUCGAACUCGAUGCGGCUCAGACCGUCUGGAGGCUGCCGGAGUUUGGCCGUUACGCCAGCUUCGAAGCACAGGGAGCCCUGCAGAACAUGGCGGUGGGCAAACAGAACCUGGACAUCAUGAUCCACAACUCCAAUCGACCCUAUCCAGUGGCCCCGGAGCUGUUCCUAUUCCCAAUGGAUCCUGUAGACAUCGACGAACCCAACGUCCUCAUCUGUUACGCCGACAAGUUCUGGCCCCCCGUAGCCACGUUGGAAUGGCGCCGUAAUGGGGUUUUGGUGCGGGAUGGGGUUUAUGACAGCGUUUAUUAUGGCCGCCCCAAUCUCUUGUAUGGCAAGUUUUAUUACCUGCCCUUCGUACCCCAAAGGGGGGAUGUGUACACGUGUGCUGUGAGGCACUGGGCUAUGGAGGGACCCACACAGAGGCUAUGGGUUUUCCUACCUGCCCUUCGUACCCCAAAGGGGGGAUGUGUACACGUGUGCUGUGAGGCACUGGGCUGUGGAGGGACCCACACAGAGGUUAUGGGAGCCGGAAGUCCCGUUGCCGCCGUCGGAUCGCAGCGCCACCUUGUGGUGCGCCGUGGGGUUGGCGCUGGGCAUUGUGGGAAUCGCCGCCGGCACCGCGCUCAUCCUGCGCGCCGUCAGGCGCAAUACCGGCAACGGCCGCCAGAGGGCGCUGCUGUAACGGCGGCCUAUUGAGGCCCAUUGGGUCCCAUUGAGGCCCAUUGAGACCCUGCUGCGACCCAUAGAGCUGCAUUGAACCCCAUUGAGCUUCAUUGAACCCCACUGAUUCCCAUUGACAGCCAUUGAGUCCCAUUGAGAUCCAUUGAACCCCAUUGAGCUGCAUUGAACCCCACUGAGGUCCAUUGAGUCCCAUUGAGAUCCAUUGAGACCCAUUUAGAUCCAUUGAGACCCUGCUGCGACCCAUAGAGAUCCAUUGAACCCCAUUGAGCUGCA